AUGGAGAAACAGAAACUCAAUGAAUUCCCAGAUGACUUGAUCAUGAAGAUACUCUCAUUCCUUCCGAUGUUUAAAAAGACCGUAGCAACACAUCUCAUAUCAAAACGUUGGGAGGAACCUUGGGAACUGGUGCCGGAUGUCAUGUUUGAAGAAGAUGUUGCUGAUGGAGCAUACGAGAGUUUUAUGAGUUUUGUUUAUGGAUCUUUGCUGUCUCGCGAUGCUCAUAUUCUAGAGAGGUUGCAUCUCAAGCUUAGCCGAAUCUAUUCGGCUUCAGACAUAAAUUUUCUUGUUCAAAUCGCCGUGAAUCGUGGUGUGAGAAAGCUGAGAAUCGGCUUGUAUGGAUAUACCCUAGAAUUGCCUAGUUGCUUGAGUACUUGCACAACCCUAAAGUCAUUGAUCCUCAGUGAAGUAAGUAUCGAGGUUGUUACUCGUGAGUUUCGUUUGCCAUCGCUCAAAAGUCUGCACGUUUUAUCGGUUGAGUUCCAGGGAGACGACGACUCUGCUGUAAGUCUUCUACAAAAAUGCCCGGAUCUUGAAUAUUUGGCUGUAUACAAAACCAUAUUAAUCAGUACUAAUGUGCGUGCUUUAAGUACUUACAGAAACCUAAAAACAGUGAUACCCCUAAAAACAUUGAUAGUCAGUGAAGUAAGUAUCAAUGAUGUUCCGUCUUGGUUUCGUCUGCCAUCACUCAAAGCCAUGCACCUUUUAUCAGUUCAGUUCUUGGGCAAAGAGUCUGUUGCCAAACUUUUGAGAAUCUGCCCUUUCCUUGAAGAUUUGAUCGUAAAGCGAACCGGAGUAUUCAAUAGUUUAUGGCCUACUGUGAGUGCUUGCAGAACCCUAAAAACGUUGAUACUCCGUGAAGUAAGUAUCGAAGUGGUCUCGCCAUGGUUUUGUUUGCAUUCACUUAAAUGUCUGCACCUUUUAUCUGUUGAGUUCCUCGACGACAAACAUGAUUUCUACAAAGUUGCCCGGUUCUUGAAUAUUUGGUAG